UCACCGCUUCAAAAGAAUCAAAACUCUUCCUCUCGCUAUCAUCCUCUCCAUUAUCCAACUCAGAAUAGAAUUUUCUUCGUCGGUGUUGCUACUUUCCGACGAGCCAACACCAUGGAGCAAAAGAUAGUAAUCAAGCUUUGCAUGCCUGACCACAAAUCUCGCUCCAAGGCCAUGAAAACUGCAGUUAGCUUCUCAGGGGUGGCAUCUGUUGCGCUUGCAAAGGAUGAUCAAAUGGAGGUGAAAGGAAUCGGAGUGGAUGCAACUGAGCUAAUAAAUUGUCUGAGAAAGAAAUUUGCGACUAAAACUUGCUGCCUGAAAAAGAAAAAAGGGCAUGCAACGCUGGUAACUGUAGAGGAGAUCAAGAAGCAGCAACCAACAAAACCACCUGAAAAACCUAAAGAACCACCUAAGCCAACGGUGUGUGGCCAAUGUGGGUGUUGCAUACCGUGUCCGUGCCGUCGUCCUAUGUUUGUGUGUGUGGACGAAUAUCCCGGCAGCUACUGCUCCAAAGAUCCUUGCUCAAUCAUGUGAUAAAUAUGCACAAAACAUUUUACAUAUGAUUGGUUUUGACUUUGGGUGCAGUCAUGUCCGUGCUCCAUAGGAAGCCCAUGCACGAGAGAAUAAGAGAAAUAUAAUAAUGAAGACGAUGAUAAUGAAUAAUCGCAAAUUGAAAGUGACAUGUCCAUGGUCAAUUCUCAAUGUCCGGCUGUAAAUGAUUGCAUUGUUUUUUUUUUUUUUUUCCAAGUUGUUCCAGUUCUAUUGUAAUUUAAGGAUUGAGUUUGUGGUUACAUUGUCUGUCUUAAAAAUAAUAAUAAAAAAAAAUCAUUC